GCUUGUUGGGACUUCUCUGGUGGUGGUGACGGCGAUACUUGGGUGUCAAGGUCAGAGCCUUUUUGUUGACGGGCUGAUUCUGGGGUGGUUGGGGUUAUGCCAGUGAUGACCGAGGACGUUUUGUGGAAAGGUGCGAAUUUCCUCCGGUGCUGUCUGUUUCUUAGGGUAAUUCUACUGGUGAAAUUGCCCGACUUCGGUGACAACACCUGCCCUUUCCCAUUUCCUUGGAUGGUUUCCCACUAGAUUUUGCACCUACACAUGGUCCCCCACUUGCAGUUAUGGCAGCAUGCGCUUAUGUUCGAUCCACUUUUCAUGGCUUCGUGAGUGCCUCUUUGCAAGGGCCUUUUCUCUGUGCAUGAGAGUUUCUUGCCACGUAUUGUGGGGGCAGUACCGACCCAUUGGGAUGGGGAUCGCAUCCCUAAUUGGUCGACCAAACAGGAUAAGAGCAGGGGAUGAUUUGGUCAUUGUCAAUCGUGUUUCUGUACAUCAGCAUGGCUCAUUGGAAUUUGUCGACAUCCAGUGACGCGACUGGGCCAGUGCUAUCCAUCAGCAUGCGUUUGACUGUUUUGACUGCAAUUUCUGCUCUACAGUUGGCGUGUGGAUUUGCCACAGAUGUUAGCCUGUGGAGGACCCCCCAAGAUUUCAGGAAUUCUUUGUCUUGCCUGAUGUGAAUUGUGGCCCACCAUCUGAGGUUAAUUCCUCUGGGACUCCGAAGGUAACAAAUGUCUCGCGUAAACGUUUGAUCAAGCCCUCAGCACCUGAUUCUGAUCUGAACACCAUCGGCCAAGAUGAAUAUCUGUCGAAAAUGACAACAUAAUCCGUGUUGUUGUACGAAAAGUAGUCGCUGCAUAUUUUCUGGAAUGGGUAGUCAGGUGGUGUGACUUCAAUUGGUGGCUGCAUUGGGUUUGAUUUUGCUGCUCUGUUGCAGUGGGUCCAUUGAUUUCUUGUUCUGGUAAUAUCAGCGGUGAUGUUCGGCCAGAAAACUGAACCUGCUGCCCUUGCACACAUUGCACCUACACCUUGGUGCGCUGCAUGGAGUGCGUCGAGGAUGCUUCUUUGAAAUGAGACAGGAAUGAUGAUUCUGUGGCCCAUGAGGAUGACGCCAUCGACGCAAGACAGGCCAGCUGCAUACUUGUGGUAUGGGUGCAAUUGUAGGGGGAGGUCUUUGCACUGAUCUGGGACACCAUCAUGGAUCAAGUUGACCUGUUCUUGCCAGGUUGGGUCAGAGGCGGUAGCCUCCCGGACCAUGCUUCAUGUAACAAUGUUUGCUACUGACCGCAAUGUGUCCGUGGCAGCCGGAACUGUAGCACUGUCCUCUGCAACGUCGAUGUCGGACAUUUGGGGAUUGACCGAUUCUGGGGGGAUGACUGGAUAUCUUGAUGCAGCAUCAGGACCUUUAUUUUUGUGACCUGGCUCAUGGACGAUGUUGAAUUUGUAAGCUAGUGUCUUCUCCUUUAAAUUCAGCAGCUGUCUGUUCGUGCUUUCUGUCAAUGACCUGUCAUUCAAAAUUCUCACUAGCGGUUUGUGGUCCGUUGUAACAGUGAGGUCGGUGUAAACUUGGAUGUAGUAACGUGUUUGAUGUAGUGCGUAUGCCACAGCCAGAGCCUCUCCUUCAAUUGGGGCGUAUAGACUGCUCUCGGCUGACGUCGUGAAUCGACUCCCUGCAAGGUGCAGUUUCCAUCCAUCAUGGCAACCGUCAGGGUUUCUUUUAGGACACUGACAAUAUUUCUGUCGUAGCAAGAAGCCAACACCAUGCACCGAACAUUCAGUCGACAAGCAUGUUGGCCACAUGGGGUCAAAAAGCCGGACACCAUCCUUCAUUUCGUUGAUGAUUAUUUCUUUGGACUUGGUGAAGGCCAGAUCCAAUUCGUCUGUCCACACGAAUUUUGUUGAUGGUUUCAGCAGGUGUCGGAAUGGCUGCAUUUGCUUGGUCAUAGAAAAUGCAUAAGCGCCCUGGUUUAUCAGCCCGAACCAUGCACGGGCGCCAGUGAUGUCACUUGGUGCUGGGAAAUGUUUGAUUGUGUCAAGGAAUUUGGAACUGGGUCUGACGUUUAUCGGUGUCACUGUGAGACCAGCGAAUUCCACUGUGUCCUGUGCGAACUGCAACUUCUUGGGGUUCUGAGUUAUUCCGUUGCGGGCGCAUAGGUCCAGUCAGCUGCAUGUUUGGUGGAAUGCUGAUUCGAUGCCAUCUGCCCACAUGCGGGUAUCAUCAACGCAUUUUAUCUUGUUUUCAAAAUUUGAUAUGAUGGCAUCAAAGCGCUGAUUGUAGCCAUCUCUACUUGCCAGGAAUCCCUGGGGGCACUUUGUACCUGUAUCGUCCCCACGACGUGAUGAAGGUUGUUACGUGUCUGUCUUCCUCUCGGAUUGGCACCGAGUGGUAGCCAUUCCAAGCAUCAGUUACCGUUUUCUUUGUAUUUUGUGGUAUUCUAUCUGCCAAGUGGAAUGGGCUUGAUACAUGAUGAGUUUGUCUCACAGACUGGCGGUUUUGCGGUUGUAAGUCCACAGUGCGCCUUGGGGUGCCAUUGGCCUUGGCUGUGAUGACCAUUCGGGAACACCAGGUGACCGGAGUGUUUGGGCUGACUUUUUCCAAGACACCAAUUUGUACGUCUCUGUCUAAGUCUUUCGAUACCUGUUCUUGCCAGUGAAUGGGUACUAGAGCAGGUUUGUGGACUGCCACCGGCUUUGCAUCAGGGUUGACAUGUAGCUGGAGUGGCUCGCAUUUCAUCAUGGGAGGGGUUGGUGCUCACAGAUGUUGAAUGCUGUGCCGCCAUAGUAGUCCACGAGCCUCUGUUUCAGUGCUGGUAUGUUGUCAUCUGUGGCUGACAGUCCAGAUGGCAGACUUGUAGGUAUGGGAGGUGGAUCUUGGCCACGCGUAGGGCAUGAGCAUGUUGAUGGUGCAGGGGUUUCCAUGGAGGCUGUGAAAUCUUGUGGCCAGGAAGCUGGGACACUUGAGAAGUUGGCAGGAAUGGCUCCGAGUGUGACGAGGGCUUCCCUGCACGAGAAGGCCUUUUCCAUUUUUGCCGAGACGUACAUCGUGAUUUUGGUUGAUCUGGUGGUGCCAGAAGUGUCUGAUGUGCUGAUAGUUGCGAUUAUACCGCCUUCGACCCCCCAGAUCUUCCUUGAUGGCACCACACAUUGUCAGUUUGACGGGUAUUAAGUCAGUGUGGCUGAUACCCAUGGCGAGAGCUGAUUGUAGUGGAAUGAUAGAGCUCUGACAGCCAGAGUCAGCGACCAUGGGUAAUGUGGGAUAGUGCGUCUGAUGACUUGGCACAAGAUGCGGGGAAAAGUGAAGUGAGACCAAGGGAACAGGGAGGCAAAACAGUUGCCAAUAGCUUGAGCAAGACGCUGAAUCAACUUGGAAGACUGGUCAUUUGGUUUCAUCAAGAUACUAGGAUCUGCAAAACAUUCUGUGAUAUUUAUUGUUGGCUGUUGUAGUGUCUUGGUCUCUACCUGUGCUAUUCUUUGCUGCUUGGAUAUUAUCACCGCCUUCAUCUUUGCUUGGAUAGUUGGACCAAAAGUUAAAAGGAUUAUCAACAUGGAUUUAUUCUUUUCUUACCGUCUCAUCCUGGCAUUAGUUCAUG